CGAGGCCGAGAGGGUCCUGGUGCGCUCCUCCGUCUGCGCGCGGGAUGACGGUGCUGUGCUCUCGCCCACACCUUCCCUUCGCCCACACCUCCGUCUCCACCUCUGAACCUGCGGGGCGCCACUGGUUCGGCCGCCGCUAGGGUGUGGAGUUUCAGCCAGUGCCGUCUAUUUGCCGUUUGUUUUGUUUGAUGAAGGGAAAUAUAUUUAUAAAAGAAUCGGACUUGUGUGGGGCAUCUGCUUUCAUAAUUGCGCGAAAGCCACUUGCAGACAGCCUUUGAGGAAAAGUCUGAAAAUAUAAUGCAACCUGAAUCAUGAUAGUGUGAUGCGACAGUGAAGUUUGUGCUGGAAAUUUUACGGGAACCAUUCAGAAUCUCAAGACACAAGAGUUUCCUGGAAAUAGCCCUUCUGUACGUAAACGUCCUUGGAAUAUGGUGAGAUAUAAAGUGAACAAAAUGCUUAAGCUCUGGAAAGAGUGCAUAGUCAAUUCAGUUUUUGUCUGAAAAGCAUAUUCGUUUUUUAUUGUAUAGUUAGUUUGCAUCUUUCUGUUGUGUCCGAGGAAAUGUUGAAUCAGAUUUCGUAAGUGAGAACUUCAGACACACGUAAGUGCCAGAUCCCCUCUCCCCCUCCCCCUACACACACUUUGAUUCUGGCGAAAAUUACACAAACCCGCACACUCUCAACUUCCUGACGCCUUCGCUCAUCGAGGGAAAGAAGUCUCCUCGAGGCCGAUUUCUCGCCCUCGGCCGCCCAGGCUGGAGGAUCAGCAGCGAGGCAACGUCGACGAAGUUUCCCCGCCCUCUCCUUCGCUUUGCCAGGUUUUGGGCGUGUGUCGCGGGCGGGGUUGGAAGCGCCUCCGAGCUGCUCGUCUCGUCAGGAUUCUUCUGCUGCUGCUCCUUGGCGUUCGCUCGAGGUGAAGGAGGCCACGGAAGCCCACGCACCAUCACGAGGACAGCUGACGGCGGCCUCGACUUCGCCAGGAAUGGUGCCACGCCUGCCUAAGGAUCUCAUCUUGACCUAGCACUGUCUGCUCCUCAUAGUGGACCAAUGAGCGUGAAGUAUGUUGCUUCGCGGGCGUGGUAUCGUGUGGGUGGUGGGUGUGAUGCUCGUGGCGUGUGGGAUAGCCCGCCCGGCGGAGGGCUCGGCAGGACGGCAGGAGACGGAUAGCGUUGACGUCAGAGACAGCGUCCUGGAGGAAGUGACAGAGAUGACGUCAGGUUAUCACGGCACAACCUGCAUGCAGAAGCCCUACCACCGGUUCGUUCGAGCUCCACUGCGGGUGUCCCGGUUCGACUCCUCGCGCCAGAAGGCAGAUCUGAUCGCCAGGCUACUGAGGGAUCUGAACAAGCCCGACGAUACGAGGCUGCUGGAAAUGACAGUCAGGAACAUGCUACUGUCUGAGCGGCACAUAGAGGCCGCGCGGGUGCUGGUGAGGGAUACCACGACGGGGACUUUGGUACGUCUCACGAGUACCCACCGCUCACAACCACAUUACCCGCCCACCGAAGACCCGCCGAAGGUGAACACCACGACGGAGGUAACCGGUGUCGAAUACCUCCCUUGGUACGAAGACGUCUACAAUCAGACAUGGAACUCAAGCAAAUUCCAGGAGAACUUGAGCGACCCGGUGUUCAUAGGGUGGUGGACAUACCCAUACUACCACUGCAACACCAAGCGAUGGCUCCUGAGUUACACUGUGCCCCUGAUCACUGACCUGAUCUCUGGCGGAAACACCAACGUUAACACUGUGCCGAAAAUCAGUGACUUCGGGAUGCUCAGCCUGGAUGUGGACGUGACCUCCCUUGACAUCAACCAGUGUGACCCCACCUACGACUCCGACGGACGGAUAGUUGACCCGCCCGAGUCUCAGCUGUCCUACUUCCUCGGGACUCAUAAGUGUGACAAGGAGUCGGCGAAGUGUGUGUUUACGCCAGGUUAUGGAUGGCUGAGAGGCGGCUACAAGUGCGAGUGCAGGGAAGGAUACUUCGCCAGGAACAAGACAUUCAAUGGCACUCUUGUCGAAGUGGCCUGGGCGAGCAAGACACAGUCCCAGAAUCCGACGUACCAGAUGCUGUACGUGUGUCACAAGUGUCCUCCUGACUGCAAGGACUGCAAGAGUGACGAACCCUGCAUGGCCUAUUAUAACUGGCCUUUUAGGAUCGCGUUAUUGACCAUCUCGAUCCUGUGCAUCCUUCUAACGCUGGUCCUGAUGGGGAUGGUGUAUCAUUACCGCAGCGUCAAGGUCUUUAGGCUGGCUUCGCCCACGUUCCUUUGCAUCUGUCUCAUCGGUUGCAUCAUCAUGUACUUGGAGAUGGCCGCCAUUUUCCCCGUUCUAGACAUGUACUCGUGUGUGGCUACUAAAUGGACGCGGCACCUCGGCUUCUGCAUCACUUUCUCUUCGCUGCUCCUGAAAACGUGGAGAGUCUCGCUGACGUACAGAGUGAAGUCAGCGCACAAGAUCAAGCUGACGGACAAGCAGCUGUUGCAGUGGCUGACACCAAUGCUGCUGAUCAUGGUGAUCUACCUGAGCGCCUGGUCCCUCAGCGCCACGCCCACCACCGACGAGAUCCGCGACAGCAGCGGCCUCAAGUUCCUGCAGUGCGAGUACAACUGGUGGGACCACUCCUUGGCGAUGGGCGAAGUGCUGUUCCUCAUGUGGGGCGUCAAAGUGUGCUUCAGCGUGCGCAAGGCUGAGAGUUUCUUCGACGAGGCCACUUACAUCUCGUGGGCCGUCUACAACAUCGCGGUUGUCAACAUCGUUAUGGUGACUUUCCAUCUGCUGAUCUUCCCCAACGCAGGCCCAGAUAUCAAGUACUUGUUCGGGUUCUUGCGGACACAGUGCAGCACCACCAUGACUAUUCUUUUUAUUUUUGGUCCCAAGUUCUACCGCAUCGCGAAGGGCACGGGAGACCAGUACGACAACCGCGCUCGAGCCAAGGGCGUGACGGCGAGCUUCUCCCUCAAUGGGCUGGGUGUGAUGAACGAGGAACCGGCAGAUCUUUACCAGGAGAACGAGGAGCUCAAGGAGGAGAUCCAGAAGCUGGCCGCGCAGAUGGAGUUCAUGAAGAUCGUCCACAUGGAAAUGAACAACCGCCACCUCAAGCCAAAGCCGGGCGGGUACUUCAGCGAGAAGAACUCCGUCAUGAACACCGCCCAGUCGCCGGGAGCCAAGAACACCAUGGCGAGUAGGAUCGAGACUGGUAACGAGAACUCCUCCUCCAGGCUGUCCCCCGCGGCUGAGCUGGCCUCCGAAAGGGUCUGACUAGUUGCCCAGAGUGAAGAGGUUUGGUUGUAAGGGUGACGUCAGGCGGACAGGAGUGAGGAGCCGCUCAACGUCAGCCGAAGCAGGGUGGAAAGGCCGCAGAGGCCGACACAUGAUACCGCCUUUUUAGAAAAUCAUUGACAAAAAACUGUUGAUAUGGAAUAAUGUUAGCCAUGUGUCAAUCCGGAAUCGGUAUAAUUCUUAUUGAUUUUGUAUAUCUUUUCUUGUCCAUAUAUACUUAUAUGUCAAGGCAAGGCUUUAAUGUUAUAUCCUGUGUCCUAGCGCUGUCAGUUGACCUGAUAUUCACACGACCAGAAACAAGGUAGAGAUUGUACAAGCUAAGAGUUCAAUUCAUGUUCAGUAAGUAAUAUCAGGGAAGCUCAUGUCUCAGGAAGGGACUUCAUGCGAAUGGCUUCUGAUAUCCCGGUGAAUUUCUUUUAUCAGGAUGGGAUAACAAAAUGGAGCAACCGUUACUCACGUAAAAUAAUCAUGAUCGAAACAGCUAAUCUUCAUUUCUUAAACUUAAAGUCAGUUGAAUUUCAAAAGGAAUCCAUUUUGUGAACACACAGAGGGGAAAAAAGUAUAACACGUUCAUGAAGCGUGACAGACGUGGUAACUCUGUCCUUACUUAUUUGUUGGUUGUUCCGCCUGUGUUGUAGAGACCCCUUCCCUACAGCCACCUUACGCAGUGUCGUGUGCACUUCAGCUCUCCAGUCCUGUAGUGUCGUGUGCACCUCCGUGCCCUUCCCCAUGCCCGCUGCACACCCACUCCUAUGGCACGUCACCUAGGAACUUACAACUACACUUCCUCACCCAAAGGCUUACUCCCUGGCCGGUUUCUGUCAGUUGCCUCUGAUCCGAGUGAGAUUCGAGCUGUGUGUUGAUCGUAUUCAGAUGCUUCACUCUUACUUUGGUUCCACUUGCCGAACCAUCCGCGUCAGCCUGGACAUGAAGGCUUUUGGCAAUGUCUAGCGGGUGUCUUUCUGAAACUAUGGUUGUAUGUUGAUUAUCAAAAACCCUUACCUGAUUGAAUUAGGUCAGUAACCCUGGAUAAGCUACUUUCUGGUACUGAGCCCUGAUAACAUGAUCAAACUUACUAAGCCCUGAUAAUUUACCAUGCGUUGCUGAGCCCUGGUAUCUUAUCUUGGGAUUCUUCCUAGCCCUGGACCUUUUCGGUCUUACUUUCAACCCACACAAAUCUGUUGGACUAUAGGCUCUUAUCAUGAUUUUCUUGACAUUUUUUUUAUAUUUUUUUGUAUCCUCAUCCUGAACCCCACUGCUUUCUUCAAAUUCAUUAAAUUUCGGAAGAUACUAGUAGGGCACGAUAUCUUUACUUACAGAUUAAUACUUGUGUUGCAUCUCUAUCACCAAUGCGUUUCUAACCACAUACUAUCUGUCGAAUGUUACUCAUCACUUAUAAAUCAUUCUAAGUAAGCAAUCCUUGAAGAUGAGUAAUUCUAAUAUCAAGUACCUACUUAAAUAUGUAAAAUACAUUUGUUAAUGAUAAACACAUUAGAACAGGAGAAUUGCGAGUAUUUGACUUCAGAAGUACGAUAAGAAUGCUACCAAAUCUCAAAAGUUUGACUAAAGAUUAUUUCCAGUGAAGUGAUUCAACCAAGCACAAUUCCGGAAUGCAUUUCCUUAUCAAGAUGCCAUACACAUAGAUCCUUUGUUACUACCAAGGCACUACGCAUGCGUUGUAAACUGAUGUGUUAGAAAAGAUCAGAAUACGUUUCCUUGUUCAAUGCGCUUACUCACCAGUGAUCAUUUCCACGUCAUUACAUAAACAUCACCAACGGAGUUCCUGAGUUCAUCUUUUGAAGACAGCAAAGAAAAAAAGCUUCGUAGCCAUUGAAUAUCGGAAAGAACGGACAUUUUGAUGAAGGGAACACGCAGGCCUUAAGCGGAAAAUUAUUUACUUUUUUGUGAGAGGAAAAGGGCCUGUGUGUGUCUGAGAUAAAUAUUGAAGGUAUGAAGGGACCAAGUCAAAGAACUUCGUAAAGAGAAUAUUUUAGUUAUUUAAGAUAGUUAGAUAAGUAGUGAAUGCGGCAAGCAAAUUCCAAUUUGGUUAUUCAAACCCAUGUAAUCUAUCAUGAAAGGUGUAACAGAAAUGUGUCGUUUGAAACAUUUUUAGAGAAAUAAAUCAGUAUUAUACUUUUCACUGAACUCAAUUCCGAAGAACAUUCCAGUUAUUAAAAAAAAAAGAAUAAUGAUCCUGAAACUGCUGAAUUAAUCUUUUCGAAGUUACGGGCUGACUCACUAUGAAAAUUGAACAUUUAACUACGUAACUUGAGCCAACCUGAUCCCCCAAGCCGUUUUCUUUCCACUGAUUGUCGUAGUUAAGUGUGCGUUUUCUUUGCGCAGUUCAAGAUUCUGUAACAGAAAACGGACUUUUACAGGAGUAACUUGAAAGGACUAUCAUGUAAUUGUUUUUCUUCCAAAGAAUUAUAUAGUAAUUUAUAUGGAUCAUUGUCAUAUUAUAUCAUCAAUGUUCAGUGUCAAAUGAAAUUGUUUUUUUUUUGUUUUUGUUUUUAGUUUUCUUAAGUAACAAGCAAUGUAAGAAUUAUAACCAUAUAUUUCAGCCUGUUGUUCGCUGCAUGUAUAGUAAACCUCUAUAACUUCUAUGUUGUCUGGUUUAUCCCAUAGGUAUUAAGUGAUUCCUGCUGGAUGGAUUAAAUAUGUUUAGAUUUAAUGAACCAAAUAAAAGAUUACCAUGAACGAAAA